AUGGACCUCAGCUACGGCAACGCCAUUUUCCGGCGACACAGGCUCGACAACCCACCUCCAACAGUGGCAACGGAGCUUGCGCCGGUGACUGGCGCGAGGAGGCGGCGCAGCUUCUCUUCCUCUCCUUCUCUCGGAUUCCUUCUCUUCUCCGUCAGCAGCGGCGGUUCACAACUCCUCGCGGCUCUAACCCUCAUGAGCACUCUCUCUCUCACCGCGGCUGGGCUUUCCGAUGGCAUUGCGAGCUUUGGCGACGGCGACGGACCCUGGUGCAGGAGCUUGAUACGGUUGUAUGUGUUAAGAGAGGGUAGGGUGAGUGGCGGUGAGAGACAGGACACUGACACAGGGACACUGAGACACAAAAUCGUGUUUGACAGAGGAGACAUAGACAUAGACAUUGUGUUCAGAGACACUGAAUUAGUAAAAAAUAAUUAUCCUUCACUUGAUAGUUGGAAGAAGCAUAUUGAUUCUAGGAACCCUAGAAUUGAAAAAUGUGAUGGAAUCUUGGAUAAUCUUGUUGGGUCACUUGAUCUGCCAAAGGUCAAAAAGUCUCCCAAGGGGAAGGUUUUGAUGCAAGCUAUGUAUGGAGUAAAGGUUCAGACAGUAUUUGUAUAUAGUGUAUUUGCAGCGGCUUUUUCAGGCUCGACUAAGAAAUUGAUAGAUUUGGAUGUGGCUGAAAUAUAUACAUGGGUUCCAGAAUUUAAAAGUUUGCAAAAUCUUGUAAAUGAGGAAGUUACAGUUAGAUUUUCUAGUGGGCGAUUUACUGUGUUGAAGGAGUUGGAAGCAGUUGAUUCUGCUAUUAAGGAAUUAUACCCUAUUAUCCUUGAUGUGGUGGAACCCAUUGAGACAGAAUUGGAUCUGAAGACUGUUGAGCAAUUAGGCAGAGCGACAGAGAAGCUUUCAGAAGGAUUAGAUCUUCUUGCAAAAGGAGUGAAUGGCUUUUUCCAAGUGGUCUUGAGUGGUCGUGAUGCCUUACUAUCUAAUCUUAGAUCAGGUGGAAUUGUCUAUGACCGUGGCUCCGGGGUAAUAUAG